ACUAGCUUUGUUAUUUCUCUUCCUCAGUCACUGCGUCUAGCCUUUCAUUCCCCUUUCCAAUUCCCACGCCAUGGCCUUAACCCUAAACAAGCUCCUUCUCUUCUCAUGCCUUAUUUCCUCCACCGUACUCACCGCGAAGUCUGAACUCCUAACCUCCAAGCGAGAGAAGCUCACUCGCUUCCACGUCUACGCACAGGACAAAAACACCGGGACCAACGCCACUGUCGUAAACGUAGCGCAGGCAUCGACCACCAACCAGUCCGCCACGUCAUUCGGUCUAGUUGGGGUUGUCGACGAUGAAUUGACUGUGGGCCCCGAGAUGAGCUCGAAGAACUUGGGUAGGCUACAGGGCAUGGUGACAUUUGCAUCCCAAAGCGAGGUGGCCGUGCUAAUGUCCAUUAACUUCGUGUUCACGGAGGGGAAGUACAACGGGAGCAGUUUGACCGUUGUGGGAAGGAACGAGUUGUUUUUGAAGGUGAGGGAAAUGCCCAUCGUGGGUGGAACUGGUCUAUUCCGGUUGGCCCGGGGUUAUGUCCAUACCAGCACUUACUCAGCAGACCCGAAGACUGGAGUUCUCGUUCUUCUGUAUGAUUUCUUUGUGUACCACUACUGACAAUUGACGGUAUCGCUAGGUUAAGCUCGGGAGUUGUCCUUGUGUAGUUCAAUAACAAUAAAAACAUAAUAAAACUAUUGGACUGCGUAUAGUCAUCA